AGCACUGACCAAUGACAUUUACACAAGUAAAAUCUUCAGUACUUAUAGUAUACUUAUAUUUAAACUACCAGUUAAAAUACUAAUCUGAGAAUAAAUGUCCAAUAAUCCAUCAUUUGUGCAUUUGUUUUUGGAAAUUUCUGCUGAUGAUGCUACCUAAUGAAAUGGACUUUUAGAGAUCAGGGUUCCAAAAACAAAGAUUACAAGCUCGUUGUGGUUCUAGCACCUCUCUCCAAGUUUAUUGACUCAAGAACCAACACAGUCAAUGCAGGGGGAAACGUGUUCACUGUUUCCAAAAUAGCACCUUCAGUGUCACUUCUUGUUAGCCAAUCAAACGCUGUCCUCUCUCUAAGAGUAAAGAAAAUAUCCAAGCUCUCUACAUUCGUCAAGACAUUUUGACCACAAUGACAUCUCUGAAGUGUGAUUUAUACCUGACUUGUCUAUAUUUGUGGACAACAACUCUGACAACUAUGUCUCUGCAUCAGGAGAGUGGUUUUGUAUCUGUUAAUGUUGGAAACAGUGUGACAUUACGAUGUUUCUAUGAAGAUGAAGUUGCAGCAAUGUUUUAUUGGUAUAAACAAAUCCUGGGACAGAAACCAAGGCUCAUCUCAAGCUUCUACAUACAUAAUAAAAAAGGCACUUUUACUGAUGAAUUCAUGAACAACCAGCGCUUCACACUGGAUACUGAAAAGGGUAAAAAUCACUUGACAAUCUCAGAUUUGCACAUUUCAGACUCAGCUACUUACUACUGCGCAAGCUGCUAUGCAUACGACAUUGAUUUUGCAGAGGGCAUUACUGUCAAUGUGAAGGGUUCGGGUUUGGACAUCCCAGUUUUGGUCCAUCAGUCAGCAUCUGAGACCAUCCAGCCAGGAGGCUCUGUGACUCUGAACUGUACAGUACACACUGGGACCUGUGAGGGAGAACACAGUGUUUACUGGUUCAAAAGGUCUGAAGAUUCUCCUCAAGCACUCAUUUACACCCAUGGAGGCAGGAAUGAUCAGUGUGAGAGGAGACCCAACACACAAACACACUCCUGUGUCUACAACUUGCCAAUGAAAAGCCUGAAUAUUUCUCAUGUUGGGACCUACUACUGUGCUGUUGCCUCAUGUGGACACAUACUGUUUGGAAAUGGGACCAAGCUGGACUUUAAGAAUGAGGUGAACCCUCCUGACAGCCGUCUGUACUUCUUGAGUGGUGCUUUGGUAUUCUGCGCCAUCCUGGUUGUUUUCCUGACUUUCUCAGUGUACAACCUGAACAAGAGAAACAGAAGCCAAUGCACAGCGGAGUCUCAAAGAGCUUCAGUUUCUACCACAACAAUUGGAGAGGGUUACCAAGAUGCAAACAAUCUUCAUUAUGCUGCUUUAAGGGAUUACAGAGUCAGCAGGUCAAGAAGACAGAAAGACAACACUGAAACUGAAUGUGUGUACUCCAGUGUCAGGCAGUAGAUCUGGACACGCUUCAUCUGUAUUUUGUUUAUGUCUAAGAUCUAAUUGUGUUAACACCUGUUAAAAUGAAUGCCAUUAGAUUUUCUUAAAAUAAAACAGUAAUAGUAUAUACUGUAUAAUAAAUGUAAAACCUUGUAUCCAACCAUUUGAACAAGCUUAUGCAGCAACUAUAUGUAUGAUGUGCUGGUAAAGGUGCCAGAUUUCCAUUUUCACAAGACUGUACAUGCUGUAUUGAUCUGUCAGUGCUGGACUGCUGAAAUCAAGAGAUGAAUUCUUUGUUGUUUUGUUUUUACAUUGCAUUUUUUUGUUAUAAGUCUAUUUAGGAGAAUAGAUUUAGCAGCGACAGGGACUACAGUGCAGAGGGAAUUUAUAAUUUUAUAUGUUCCAUUUAAGAGCAAAGAAAAAAACUAAAACAAGUACUUAUUUACACUUCCCUGUAGUUACCAGUAAAAAACAAAAAAAAAAGACCACUAAUACUGACCCAAGUGACUCUUGGAGGUAUGGGUGACUAGCUUGUCUGCUAAUAUGACAGAACAUACAAAAAAGAAAGUUCAGGGACUGUUGGAAGACUUGGCACCUACAAGGUUACUUGUUUUCCCAUCUCCAUGAUAAACUGAGUCCUGCGAAGUCAUAACCUGACUUCGCAGGACUCAGUAUCAAGAGAUUAAACUGACAAAAUUCGUUGCUAUGGAUAAAGUAGAAGAGGUCAGCCAAAAAAGUUUCAGAAAUUCUGCAAUCAUCACUUUGGCUGAGAAAAGGAAGGUGAUGUAAUUGAAGCUCUAAAUUAUUAUAUUUAUAUCAGCAUGCUAAGUUGUUAUUUUGGCUCUGUUUCUGUUGUGAACAUAGAAAUGAAACAGACGCUUCACUGAGACCUGUUGACCUUGCGGACAUUUUGUUGUGUAUCUCUUUCACUGUAGCAGCCUUUGUGGUUUUCAACAGGACGUGGAGGCGUUUGUGCUCUUAGCGGGCAGUCGGAUUGAAAACGGCUCCAUGUUACACCACACAGGGCUCUGCAUUUGGGGGGGUGUGCAGUUUAAGGUACAGGUGAGACAAUGAUUUACACUGCAAGAAGACCAGUUGGAGGGAAAGAUAAAUGCAUUUAAAGUCUAUAUAACUAAAUUCUAUAACUAAAAACUCCCUCUCUAGCAGAUUUAAAAAAAAAUGCAGCAGAGGACUGCAAGGGACAACCACUGUAGAUGAAAGAUGAAAGUGACAUAUUUUGUCAUUGGAGGGAACUCACUCCAACGAAAUUUGUGCUCUGCAUUUAACCCACCCAAGUGACGUGCACACACACACACAGCAAACCCGGGG